AUGCCUCAGGACCUCCCGCCCACGGGCGGCUACGAAGCCGUUCAAUACAGACGUAACAUACCCACACGCGGCCUCAAACCCGUCUGGUACCUCGUCGGCGUCGGGGCCGUGAUGGCCUACGGCUGGCGCCAGGUGUUUGUCGGACAGCGCGAGAAACACGAAAUGGCCCGCGAGAAGAUGUGGAGUCGGAUACACCUGACGCCGUUGCUGCAGGCCGAGGAGGACCGGGACCAGGUCAGGAGAUACUAUGCGGAUUUGGCCAGGGAGAAGGAGCUGCUCGGCAGCCAGAGCGGGGCUUACAACAGUGACCGAUUCGUGAGACCGACAUUUACAGCCACACCGAACAGAACGGUGGAAUGA